GGACGAGCCCGGCAGACCCACAGGAAGGACGUCUUGCUUGCAGCUGAACGGUUCUCAGAGGGAAUCAAGCACUAGCCUGGAGUGGCGGCCGCGCAAGCGGCGGGGACGUCGCUACCAGCGAGCGGAAGAGCACCGCGCCUGCGCAGACCCGUGCAGGGCGGGCGAAGCGCGACAGGCACCCUCCACCAGGCCUCGCCUCGCCUGGCCUCCACCCUUGGAUCGACCGCGCACUGCCCGGUCACCCCCACCUCGUCGUCCAAGCCAGGUUUCCCCCGCCCCUUCUGUGCCGGUGCCGGUCGCGAGUGUGCACGCAGAGCCUGAGCGGGCGGGAAGGGGAAGCGGCGGGGCAGGACCAGAUUAUGGGCAGCAGUCCUUUAAAUUAAUUAAUCAUCAUGAUGGCUAAUGAGGGCUGUCCCAAGGCUGGUGAUAGUUCUUUUUCCUCAGAUAAACAUGCCCAACUCAUCUUGGCCCAGAUCAAUAAAAUGAGAAAUGGACAGCAUUUCUGUGAUGUGCAGCUACAAGUUGGGAAGGAAACUUUCAAAGUUCAUCGGCUGAUUCUGGCUGCCAGUAGUCCUUACUUUGCAGCUUUGUUCACUGGAGGAAUGAAAGAGUCUUCAAAAGAUGUUGUACAGAUUUUAGGAAUUGAAGCUGGAAUAUUUCAAAUACUUCUAGAUUUCAUUUACACAGGCAUAGUGAACAUAAGUGUGAAUAAUGUUCAGGAGUUGAUUGUUGCAGCAGACAUGCUACAAUUGACUGAAGUUGUUAAUCUUUGCUGUGAAUUUCUGAAAGGACAAAUUGAUCCACUGAACUGCAUUGGGAUCUUUCAGUUCUCUGAGCAAAUUGCCUGCCACGAUCUUUUGGAAUUCACAGAAAACUACAUUCAUGUCCAUUUCUUGGAGGUUCAGAGUGGGGAAGAGUUCCUGGCACUUACAAAAGAUCAGCUGAUCAAAAUUUUGAGAAGUGAAGAGCUUAGCAUUGAGGAUGAAUACCAAGUCUUCUUAGCUGCAAUGCAGUGGAUUCUCAAAGAUCUAGGAAAGAGAAAAAAAUAUGUGGUGGAAGUGCUAGACCCAAUUCGAUUCCCUUUAUUACCUCCUCAGAGGCUUUUAAAGUAUAUAGAAGGAGUAUCUGAUUUUAAUCUUCGUGUUGCAUUGCAAACACUUUUGAAAGAGUACUGUGAGGUGUGCAGAUCUCCCAAAGAGAACAAGUUUUGUAGUUUUCUGCAGACAUCUAAGGUUCGACCUCGAAAGAAAGCAAGAAAGUACCUGUAUGCAGUAGGUGGAUAUACUCGAUUGCAAGGGGGUCGUUGGAGUGACAGCAGAGCCCUCAGCUGUGUAGAACGUUUUGACACCUUUAGCCAGUACUGGACCACUGUGUCUUCGCUGCAUCAGGCUCGAUGCGGGCUGGGAGUAGCAGUUCUGGGAGGAAUGGUGUACGCUAUUGGAGGUGAAAAAGAUUCAAUGAUUUUUGACUGUACUGAAUGCUAUGAUCCAGUUACUAAACAGUGGACAACUGUAGCUUCAAUGAAUCACCCCCGCUGUGGCUUGGGAGUAUGUGUCUGUAAUGGGGCUAUCUAUGCUUUGGGUGGAUGGGUUGGAGCUGAGAUAGGGAACACCAUUGAACGAUUUGAUCCUGAUGAAAAUAAAUGGGAAGUAGUUGGCAACAUGGCUUUGUCACGCUACUACUUUGGCUGUUGCGAAAUGCAAGGUUUAAUUUAUGUAAUUGGGGGCAUCAGCAAUGAAGGAAUAGAGCUUCGUUCUUUUGAAGUUUAUGAUCCACUUUCCAAGCGUUGGUCUCCACUUCCUCCAAUGGGAACCAGGAGAGCAUAUCUUGGGGUGGCUGCACUCAAUGAUUGCAUCUAUUCUAUUGGAGGAUGGAAUGAGACGCAAGAUGCUCUUCAUACUGUAGAAAAAUAUUCCUUUGAAGAGGAAAAAUGGGUGGAAGUUGCCUCAAUGAAAGUGCCUAGAGCAGGCAUGUGUGUUGUGGCAGUCAAUGGGCUUCUGUAUGUUUCUGGAGGUCGAUCUUCCAGCCAUGAUUUCUUGGCCCCAGGUACUUUGGACUCAGUUGAAGUUUAUAACCCUCAUUCAGAUACCUGGACAGAAAUUGGUAACAUGAUCACCAGUCGUUGUGAAGGAGGUGUUGCUGUACUAUGAAAUAUGAACUGUGAGAAUACAAGAAACAUUUUGAAAGUAUAGGGCCUGAUGUUUUGCAAAUCACACACACAUUUGGUCAUAGGACUUUUGAUUCGGUUGAGUUUUUCAUUUAUUUGACAGAUAAAUGACUAACGGAUUAUUUUUCUAAGAAUUUCAGUGAGAAGGGAUAUGGAAUAUAUCCUAAAUUCAUAAAGAGGUCACAAAAAUUUUCCAAGUUUACUAACAGAAAUACUAUUUAUGCUCUAGAAUUGUCUAGUUAGGAAUAGAGUCCUAUUUGUAAAAAUGAUUUGCUAGAAACUUCUUGGCAAAUAGCCCCUUUAGUGGCUUCUCCAGUGCAGUUUAAACUGUAACACGACCUUUCUGUGAUGUAAUAACAAUGAAAACAAUUUAAAGAUAUGUAUACAUUGAUGGUUCAAUGCAGAGCACAAUUUCUCAUAGUUUAACUUACAGCAAAAAGCCAGUGAAACUAUUUCCAACUUUUAUGUGAUGCUAGGAGUUUCACUAGCCCAAAACUUUUUUCUUUUUUAAAUAUAAUUUAUUGAUUAUGCUAUUACAGUUGUCCCAUUCCACCCCCCCUGCUUUAUUCCCCUUUGCCCUGUACUCCCCUCCCAUCCUCAUUUCCUCCCCUUAGUUCAUGUCUGUGGGUCGUGUAUAUAAGUUCUUUGGCUUCUCCAUUUCCCAUACUAUUCUUAACCUCCCCCUGUCUAUUUUGUACCUACCAUUUAUGCUUCUUAUUCCCUGUAC